UCCAAAAUCCAAGUGAUUUCAUUUCCAUGGACUGUGCUUUAAAUCUUCAACCAUUGCUUCCCCAUAUCUUAAUCAGCUGCUCAAGUUUUCAACGACUUCUGGUAGCUCCUCAAAGUACAAAUCAUGGAUUAUCUAGGCAGUACAGGUCCUUGAGUAAGACUAGUUGGGCGAUUGGGGUAUCUGGAAUCGGAGCUGGAAAUUCGAUUGAUGAUGGUUCUUUGAAUGGAAAACAGAAUGGCUCUUUGUUUGGUGCAAUUGAGGAGUCAGCUUCUGCACCAUUUGGUACUCUUGAUGCCGAGAUUACACCCGAGACAAUCGACUUUUUCGUUAGUGAGGCAGAGGGAGAUCCUGACUGCCCAACAAAGGAUUACUCUUCAAUUGAAGAUGCACUAGACACUUUACGCCAAGGAAAGUUUGUAAUUGUUGUGGAUGAUGAAAAUGGAGAGAUUGAAGGGAAUCUUAUCAUGGCAGCAUCGUUUACAAGUCCGCGGAACAUGGGAUUCAUGGUGAAGCAUGGUUCGGGGAUUGUUUCUGUAGGAAUGAAAAAAGAGGAUCUUGAGAGGUUAAAGCUUCCUCUAAUGUCACCAGGCACUGAGGAUGAAGACUCUUCUGCUCCUACUUUCACAAUCACAGUGGAUGUGAAAUCCGGGACAUCUACCGGAGUAUCAGCUUCAGAUAGGGCCAAGACUGUUCUGGCUCUUGCAUCUCCAGAAUCUGAGCCAGAAGACUUCAGAAGACCAGGCCACGUUUUCCCCUUAAAGUAUCGAAAUGGUGGCGUCCUUAGGAGAGCUGGUCACACUGAGGCUUCUGUAGAUUUGGUUAUGCUGGCUGGACUGAGGCCGGUCUCUGUUCUCUCAGCUAUUGUUGAUCCAGAAGAUGGUUCUAUGGCAUCUUUGCCUAGUUUGAGAAAGUUGGUUUUGGAGCACAGAAUCCCAAUCGUCACCAUAACAGAUCUCAUUAGGUAUCGGAGAAAGAGAGAAAAACUGGUGGAAAGAACAGUGAUUUCUCGUCUACCUACCAAAUGGGGUAAAUUUCAAGCUUACUGCUAUCGCUCAAAGCUAGAUGGAACAGAACAUGUAGCUUUAGUGAAGGGAGACAUUGGGAACGGACAAGAUGUCCUGGUAAGAGUUCAUUCGGAGUGCUUAACUGGGGAUGCAUUUGGCUCCGCUAGGUGUGAUUGUGGAAACCAGUUCGAUUUGGCGAUGCAGUUAAUUGAACAAGCUGGUAGGGGCGUUGUUGUUUAUCUCCGCGGCCACGAAGGGAGAGGGAUUGGCCUCGGUCACAAGCUUAGAGCCUAUAAUUUGCAGGAUCAAGGUCAUGACACAGUUCAGGCAAAUUUAGAGCUUGGAUUGGCUGUAGAUGCGAGAGAAUAUGGAAUUGGUGCACAGAUUCUAAGAGAUACAGGAGUUCGAACAAUGCGACUAAUGACAAACAACCCGGCAAAAUUUACUGGUUUGAAGGGAUAUGGUUUGGCUGUGAUUGGAAGAGUUCCUGUAUUGACACCAAUUACAGAUGAAAACAGCAGAUACUUGGAAACAAAACGCACCAAGAUGGGUCAUAUAUAUGGAUCUGAUAUACAAGGAUCUUUACCUGGAGGACUCAUCAAACCAAAUGUAAAUAACACAGAUUCACCAGAGGAGCAGUGAAUGCUCAAGUUAUACAUGUUCAUGAUUCAUGCAAAUUGAUAUUGGUUGUUCAGUCAGUUUGUUCAUUCCUUCUUGUAAUUAUUAUUUCAACUUCAUGUGAAGUUUUGACUUUUGAGUUCUGAAGAGAAAA